UGGAAAACGUCCAUUUUCUGAAUUAAAGUUGCCCAGAUGAAGUUUAAUAUUGUGAAAUUUAUUAAUUUAGAAGUUAAAAAUUCGUCUGACUAUUUUAUUUUAUUAUCAUCUUAUUCUUAACUGACUGACAACUAGAGAGUGACAAAAAAAUUUUAAGAUGCCCCAAUGAAUAAAGCGGACAAACCUAAAUAGUUUCUAUUAUUAUUAAUAUUGUUCGUUAUUAUUAUUAUUAUUAUUAUUAUUCCUACCCAUCUGUUGGUAGAAACAGCAAGACAUAAAAUGGCCUCAAGAGCAGGUGACCUAACGUCAUUGGUUGAGACACUGGACAAGAGCGAUGAAGACAGUGAAGUACUCAUUUGCCUUGUCGAAUUGUGUCAACUUCUAGCCAUGGCUUCAGAGGAUUCGAUGUCAUCAUUCCCGAGCAAGCAGGCCGUCUCCUGCCUGACUCGUCUGAUUCGUGGAGAUCACUUCACUUCUGACAUUGUCCUCUACUCAUGUCGUGCCCUCUUCUACUUUAUUGACCUUUCACCUCGAAGUUUAGCCACUGUCGUCGAAGCUGUACCUGCCCUCCUUGAAAAACUCCAAGUAGUUGAAUACAUAGACAUUGCAGAGAAUGCUUUGCAAGUACUUGAACUCAUUUCAAGAAAACAUGAGGAACCCAUUCUUAAGAAGAAUGGCAUAUCUUCCUGUCUAAAGUUCAUCGACUUCUUAUCAGAGCCGGCGCAAAGGAAAGCACUAACCAUCGUCUGCAACUGCUGCAAGAUGGUCAAGAACGCCAGCGACUUCAAUUACGUUAAGAAUUCUAUUGAUGUUCUUACUGGCAGGUUGCUUAAUCAGGAUAAGAAAUCACUAGAGAGUGUCUGCCUGUGUUUUCACCGACUGAUUGAGAAUCUCAGCCACGAUGAAUCCUGUCUUAAACAGAUUGCUAAUGAAGAUUUGUUCAAUAAACUCCAACGACUUUUAAUAAUAACUCCAUCUGUCAUAAGUUCAACAACGUACAACAACAUCAUCAACAUGAUGAAUAUUUUGUGCUGCUCAUCAUUUCAACUCAAGUUGCUCCUGUUACAAUCGAGGAUUUCUGAGACUUUGUUGUAUCUGCUGGUUGGCUCGAAGAAGGACGCCAGUGCCGCCUUGCAUAUUGAAUUGGUUCCCAGAUCGAUUCAAGAGACAUACGAAACUGUCAAUCUCAUUAGCAACCUCCUUCCUCCGCUUCCCCACUCCACAAACGCCUCGUCAUCUACCACCACGGCCACCACGACUACCCCGAUGACCACAGCUCUACAAAAUAUAAACAGCCGCAGUAGUGGUAGUAAAGAUUUUCUCAACCAAUUGUUUUCUAUUAAUGAAGUCGUGGCAGCCGUCGCGUCCGCGUGCGAGCUGCUUGGUUGCGAUGUGUCGGGAGAGGGCCUCCAUCAUUGGCAGUACCUCGAUGAAAAGGGGGUGUGGAAAAAUUUCGGGACCGCAGAGGAUGAACUUAUUGAAAUGUCAUACAAGGCGGGCGAACACGAGUUGUCCAUCGGCAGCGAUGGUACUCAAUCAAACCACCAGCACAUUCUACACAUCAAUUUCGCCACUAUGCAACGAUCCUACAAUGUAGAGAAACAAAUGACAUCAUCCGUGACGUCAUCGUUUUCAAAGCCGUUGAUAAAAUCGUCAUCGUCGUCAGCAGCUACGCCUUUAGCCACUACUUCCAUCCGUAGAAUGUUUUUUAGGACUAAGACUCAGCAGCAGCAGCAAUCGUCGUCGUCGUCCAGCCAUCAUAAUAAAAAAUCAGCUGGGUCAUCAUCAACAACAGCAACUACAGCGUCGUCGUUACUACCACUUUCGAGUAGUAGUAGCAGCAACAACAACAGCGACAACAUCAUAUCAUUUCACCAUUCAACGUUGUUGGAUGACUUGAUCACUAUGCUACUGCCUGUCACCUACGAAGUCUUCACGGCUACUGCCAGUUUGGCGGUGAAGCACAGGUGUUUGAAUGCCCUUUUAAGAAUGAUCCACUAUUCAACUUCCGACCUGCUGAGAACUGUUCUUAUAUCUGUACCCAUAUCUAGUUUGAUAGCAGACAUGUUGACGAGCAGUGACGUCACUACGCUGGUCUCAUCCAUCCAACUCUCACACCUCCUCAUGGACAAACUUUCGGAUAUUUUCGAUGUUUACUUUCGUAGACAGGGAGUAGUACACCAGAUGGCACACUUGGCGCAGACGGGCAUGCAGCACAUGUUACCUGGCGGUACAAACGUAGAACGGAUCUCAACGCAACAUCAUACGUCAUCGUCAUCGGCUGCCAUGGUAACGAAAGAAACAGCGAAUCAACAACAGUCAAAACAAUCCAGCUCAAUUAGCAAAUAUGACUCGACGUCAUCAUCGUCAGCGUCCUCGUCGUCCGUCAUGUAUUCCAAGGGUGCCAAUUACGUGCAGAUGAACUUGGUUAGCAAUGUAACUAUGACGUCAUCGUCGUCAGCCACAGCGAGCAGCAGCAGCAGAUGGUCGACGGGAGGACAUCGUAUUGAUCUCAGCCAGGUGAGUAGGGAGUCUUCAUCCUCCUCCUACUCCACGACAUCGUCAUCAGCACCGAACCCAACAUCAACUGUACAAGUAAGAAUAUCUGAUGUAAUAAGAAGCAACAGGAGACCCGAUCACCAGCAGCAACCACAAUUCAACCAGAACCAAUCCGCUAGUUCGGCAGUAAUUGGGUCAUUUCCAUCCAAUCAGGGCGGUCUUCCAUAUAGGUCAUCCGCUCACCAUCUUCCUCCUCAUCAUCAUCAGUAUCAACAGCCGCAGCAGCAACAACAUCACCAUUAUCAGUCCAUGCUUUCUAUUCAUGAUAGGAGGCCAAACAACGCCUCGUAUACGUACAACUCUAUUUACAACUACCACAUGCAACAACAGCAGCAACAACAACAACUUAUAUCACCUCUACCACUACCGUCGCCUCAAAAUCAGUACCAACAACUGCCAGUA